AUGGAGAACUCGUCGGUGGCAUCAGCCUCCUCGGAGGCGGGGAGCAGCCGCUCUCAGGAGAUUGAGGAGCUGGAGCGUUUCAUCGACAGUUACGUCCUGGAGUACCAGGUCCAGGGGCUGCUGACCGAUAAAACGGAGGGGGACGGCGAGAGCGAGAAGACGCAGUCCCAUGUCUCGCAGUGGACGGCGGAUUGCAGCGAGCAGCUUGAUGGCAGCUGUUCCCCAUCCCGAGGGAAGGUCCCUCCCUCCUAGAAUGGCAACAAGGAGGGCUCCCUUGACAUGCUGGGCACGGACAUCUGGGCUGCCAACACCUUUGACUCCUUCAGUGGUGCGACGUGGGACUUGCAGCCUGAAAAACUAGAUUUCACCCAAUUUCACAGGAAGCUGCGAAACACCUCCAAACACCCGUUGCCUCACAUAGACAGAGAAGGGCUUGGAAAAGGGAAAUACGAGGACGGAGACAGCAUCAACUUGAAUGAUAUAGAGAAGGUCCUUCCAGCGUGGCAGGGUUACCAUCCGUUGCCUCAUGAAGCUGAAAUCGCACACACCAAAAAAUUGUUCAGAAGGAGGAGAAACGACCGGAGGAGACAGCAAAGACUUCCUGGUGGGAACAAGCCUCAGCAGCACGCAGAUCAUCAGCAAGGUGGCACCAAACAUAACAGGGACCACCAGAAACUCUACCAAGGGGGCCAGGCCCCUCACUCCUCAAGCAGGACAGGCCACCACGGCUACAGCCAGAACCGGAGAUGGCACCACAACCAGAAGCACUCACCCAAUGACAAAGAAACGCACAGAAAUGCCAAAGAGACUGAGAAUUUGAAAAUCGAGGACACCUCUGUCUGCACGGUGCAUGCUCCUGUGGAGACGCACCGAGGCCCAGAGGCUGUGGAGAAGCAGUCUCAGCAGUACAUCCAGGAGUCAGAGACCAAGAGGAAAGACAGUAUUCACGAGCGCAUUGGGGAAAGACCCAAGAUCAAUUUGCUUCAGUCUUCCAAAGACAGGCUGCGGAGGAGACUAAAAGAAAAGGACGAAGUCACGGUGGAAACCACCAAUCCUGAAAAGAACAAAAUGGACAAAUUAAUUGAAAUCCUCAACAGCAUGAGGAACAACAGCAGCGAUGUUGACUCCAAGCUCACCACCUUCAUGGAGGAGGCCCAGAACUCUACCAAUUCUGAGGAAAUGCUGGGGGAGAUAGUCAAGACGAUCUACCAGAAAGCGGUGACGGACCGCAGCUUCGCUUCCACGGCAGCCAAGCUCUGUGACAAAAUGGCCCUCUUCAUGGUGGAAGGAACCAAAUUCCGGAGUCUGCUCCUCAACAUGUUACAGAAGGAUUUCACCAUGCGGGAGGAGUUGCAGCAGCGGGACGUGGAGCGCUGGCUGGGGUUCAUCACCUUUCUCUGCGAAGUCUUCGGCACCAUGAGGAGCAGCACCGGAGAGCCCUUCCGAGUCCUUGUCUGCCCCAUCUAUACCUGCCUCAGGGAGUUGUUGCAAUCUCAGGAUGUGAAGGAAGAUGCUGUGCUUUGCUGCUCCAUGGAGCUGCAGAGCUCUGGCCGGCUGCUGGAGGAGCAGCUGCCCGAGAUGAUGACGGAGCUGUUGGCCAUAGCCCGCGACAAGAUGCUGUGUCCUUCCGAGUCCAUGCUGACGCGGUCCCUGCUGCUGGAGGUCAUCGAGCUGCACGCCAACAACUGGAACCCCCUGACGCCCACCAUCACACAGUACUACAACAAGACCAUCCAAAAACUAACGGCUUGA